AUGGUGGAAUUUGGCAAACAAUUGCAAACGUCCAUUGCCAAGGGAAAACCUCAAUGGUCCUCUUAUUACAUUGAUUAUGACAAGCUCAAGAAGCUACUCAAGAAAAGCAAAGUUAAGGAUGAAGACUUGGAAAACGGUGGCGUAAGUCCAAAGCAACAACAACAACAACAACAACAACAACAAUCUCGUACCCCUUCAUCCUCCAAUAACCAUCGACGCUCGCUUUCCGAUUUCUCUUUGUUUUCGGCCUCGUCCGCAACAGCAGCAGCCGAAAACAAUAAUGGUAACACCACAAAUAGCAGCCACCAAUUUCAACAUGCCUUGGAUCAAGAAAUUGAAAAAGUAGUCAUGUUUUUAUUGCAUCAACAAGGAACUUUGGCACAUGACUUGUUGUUUUUACAUGAAAAAAGGGCGAAAUGUCAACAACAAGUGCAAUCGAUAAUUAUGGACCACAACAAGCACCAGACAUUAAUAAUGCUGGAUCCACUACUGCACAAUGGCAACGACAACGAAGACAAUGAAACAAGGCAGCAACGGCAGCAACAAUUGGAAAAAAUUCGAGCUUCCAAAUCCUUCUUGCAACAAUUGCACGAUGAUUAUCGAUCCAAUGCGCAGUUGGUCCUGGAUUUCAUAUCCUACGUCGAACUGAAUGUCACGGCCGUCCGCAAAAUUCUCAAAAAGCACGACAAGACACAUCCCCAAACGAAAUUGUCACAAAGUUAUAUAGCCAAAUUUAACAGUCAGAUGGACGAUACACAUUUGGAUCAAUUGUACAAUUAUGGUGGAUUGACAGCCUUGAUCGUUACUCUCAAGAAGGCAUUUUUGGAAUUGCAUGGAAUGGAAAUGGCCUUGGUGGCACUCCAAUACAACAUGGGUCAUCUAGAGGAGGAGAAUGAUGGUGGUAGUAGUGGUAGUCAUGAUGCUGCUCUGGCGGAUACUACUAGCAAUGCCGACAAUAGCAACAACAACAACAACAAAAACAACAACAAUGCCAACAAAAGCAACAAGAAACAUGCCAACAACAACAACAACAAGAAUUCGCAUCGACGGGCCCAAUCCGACAGCAUUGCCAUGUUGGGAAGCAUCUUGGAAGAGGGGGGUCAACAACAAAAACAAGGCAACAGUACGAGGAGGAGUUUUCGACGAGAAUCGUCGGCUCGAUCUCUAGUAUCGCGAAGCAGCAACAACAACUCUAACAACCAUUCAAACUAUAAUUGGUUGGUCCGUUUGUGCACCGUCACCCAACCCCACGAACCCAUCUUGAGCAAGAUCCAUGCGGCAAGGAAUCGGCUCAAGAAAUCGACCAAAUACGUUCAAGUGGUGGCGGCGCAAUCUCUCAUCGAAUUGGAUGUCCAAGGAGGAGAAGAUAGACACGACAGUGAUGGAAACAUCAAAGUCAUGACGCAAUCCCAACAAAUCUCCUCCUUUCUCAAUUUGUGUUCCACCUUUUUGUACAUGACCAAUUAUUACAUUGUCGCACCCACCAGUGGACAAUAUGCGGACAAAUUGGGUAGUUCUGAAGCCAUGGCGGGAAUCAUUAUUGGCAUGACGCCGAAUGCAGCACUCGUUGCUACUGUACUCUAUGGAUGGUGGUCCAAUUAUUCCUACCGAAAUGCCUUGAUCUUUGCAUCCACUUGUAGUCUGGUGGGCAAUGUCUUUUAUGCCAUGGCGCUGCAUCAAAAUUCCAUGACCUACGUCAUGCUGGGACGCUUUUUCAACGGGUUUGGAAGCGCCCGAUCGAUUAAUCGACGCUUCAUUGCGGAUACCUUUUCGCGGUCGGAACGAACGUCGGCCUCGGCCAACUUUGUCGUGGCAGGUGGUCUGGGCAUGGCAGUAGGUCCAGCCAUUGCGGCCAUCUUGGGCAAGGUCGAAUAUCCCACGGCGUCACUCUUGUUUACAGUCGAGACGGCUCCGGGAUGGGUCAUGUUGGUGCUUUGGUCCAUUUUUUUCAUUUGCUUUGUCGCUUUUUUUGAAGAACCGGAUCGAUCGCACAUUUAUGGGAACAAUCAACACAAUAAGAGCAAUAAGUCAUCGUCUGAGACAGAGACAGAGACAGUACCCAACUCGGAAGAAGAGCCCUUGUUGAAAAAGUCGGAUUCUAAAGCAGCAGCAGCAGCAGUCAAGAAGGAACCACCCAUUUACAAGAAUAUUCCAGUCAUGUUGACCUUGUUCCUGUACUUUGUACUCAAGUUUGCUCUGGAGUGCCUAUUGAGUUCAUCGGCGACGGUCACCUCCUAUUACUUUCAUUGGAACACGCAACACACGGGUGCCUUUCUCGCAUUCUUGGGCUUGCUCAACUUUCCGGCCAACAUGUUUGUGGCCCGUCUAAGUCACAACUACCAAGACCGCGAAUUGAUUUACGGCACACUAUGGCUCAUGCUUGUGAGUGUGUUGGGCAUCUUUGUCUACAAUACCGAUCAUUACACUUCCUAUCAAUACAUGGCCUUUGCCAUCUUGGUCUUUUUGUCGGCCAAUUGCCUAGAAGGUCCCAACAUGUCAUUGCUGUCCAAAGUGAUUCCAAAGGCGUGGGCCAAGGGGAUCUUCAAUUCGGGAUUCUUAGCGACAGAAGCCGGAACGGCGGCAAGAUCCAUUGGGGAUGUUUUGAUUAGUGCCAUGGCAACCUGGGCGGGCCUUGAGAACUUGCUCAAUGCUACUUUCAUGCCACUCCUGGUGAGUGUGUUGGUCGCGAUUGGAUUGGUCCGAUCCAAUUUUGAUAGCAUGGUGGAAGUGGACGAGGAUGACGAGGAAGAAGAGGAGGAGGAGACGAACAAACAUGGCAAUGUUGAGGAAAAAAUCCUAGUAAAAUAG